GAACUAUUUAUAUAUAUUGGUUGAAAUUUCGCUAUUUUUGGCCAUGUAAGACCGAAAAUCUCACUAUUUCUGACUCAGAAGAAUACAGAAUAGAAAGCAUAUUAAUCCCGCUUCAAAAUGAGCCAGAUUCCGUCAGGACUGUCGCGUCUUAAAACCCCAAGUAGAAUUGUUAAACCGGUUCAAGGUGGCGGUGUAGGUGCCGGAUCUCAACCUUCAGCUCCUUCAGUAAAACCACGUGGAUCUGUUUCUAAUUCUUCUCAGGCAGGAUCGUCUACAGUACAACCAAGAACUAGUCCUACGGGGGCUAAACUUGGCCAGACUUCAAGUGGAGUAACUCGACGAGGAAUGCCAACCAGCGACAAUGGCAAAUUGAGCGCAAGCCGUGAGCGCUUGGUGAGUCCACGGGGAUCUCUAACUGGAGCAGAAGUUGCUCAACCGAGACUUCCUUCAAGAGAGAAUUCUCAAACAAGACUGCAGUACAGAAGAGAGAGUUCUAGUUCUAGUUUACGCGGAGUUUCAUCUAGAGCUAAUGGUGCUCCCGCUAUAAGAAGACGUGGCGAAAUUUCUCGAGCGCCUUCGGAAAGUCAAAGUCAAACUGUGCCUGUUGACCCGUCGAAUUCAAAUCUACUCAGCUUGUUCAAACUAGGAGAUCGGGUGUUAGUAGGAAACUCGAAUCCUGGCUCUAUAGCUUUUAUUGGACAGACAAAAUUUGCCAAGGGUGAUUGGGCUGGAGUAGUUCUUGACGAGUGCGUCGGCAAAAAUAAUGGAAGUGUUCAAGGGGUGCGUUAUUUUGAAUGCGAUGCGGGUCAUGGGAUAUUUACAAAGCUUGAGAAACUCACUAAAAUUAACCAAAUCGAUGGUAGGAGAACUUCAUCGAGUGAUGUUAAAGUUGAGAAAAAGAAAGCUAACUUAGAAAUUGGCGACCGUGUCGUUGUAAGCGGUUCGAAACAUGGUGUAGUUCGGUAUCUUGGAGAAACUGGAUUUGCUAAGGGAGAAUGGGCUGGUAUUGAACUAGACGAGCCACUGGGGAAAAACGAUGGUGCUGUCGCUGGAACAAGAUAUUUCCAGUGUGAGCCUAACUUUGGACUGUUUGCUCCACUACAUAAAGUUGCUAUUUCAAGUUUACCUCUACCACCAAGACUUCAACCGCAGCCACCUCAAGGAAAUGAUGUACAGAACUCCUUGGGUGCACUUGGAAGUAACAGUUCUAUUAAUUCAGUUUCUUCAACCCUCAGUGAAUCCUCCUCUACCCCUAAGCCAUCUACAUUAAGUACCUCACAGAUUAUUUCGAGCCCUGAACCAGAGGUGUCUGAAGUUAAAUCAUCACCACCCCCAUCAGGGCUCACCCAGUCUCCUGCAUCAUCUGGUGUGGUGACAUCACAAUUGGUGGCUUUGCAGACAUCUACCGUAAUGAGAGAUAUUUCAGGUUAUAUUGUUAAAAAAAAGGAGGAAGCACUGGAGGACAGAGAGAAGCAAAUCCAGUCCCUACUGGCAGAUAGAGAGUUUGAACGAGCAGAAGUUGCCAAUGCUACAAGUCAAGUUACUAAGGAGAUUACUCUUGGAGAUGAACUUAAGAUUGAGCAGAAAGAAAUUGAAACACUUGAGAUUGAACUAAAAGAAAAGGUUGCCUCACUUUCCAGACUAAAGGAAGAGCUCGAAACAACACAGACUGAAAAAAGCACAGCAUUAUCAAAAAUUACAGAAUUAGAGAGUGCUUUGUCUGAAUCAAAUACUUUAGCUUCAAAUUUGCGGACAUCAGUCAGUGAUUCUGAUAGCAAGAUCAGAGAACUGGAGGCAACACUGUUUGCAAAGCAAGAGGAGCAUUCCGGUGAUGCCAGCAUAAGAGAACAGCAGCUCAGAGAGAAUUCUGAAAGGAUCAGUGCUUUGGCAAAGGAUAUAGAGGAACAUGCUAAGAUCAAGACAGGUCUUGAUAGUGAGAUUAAAAUCCUGAAAUCAGAACUUGUGAGGUCAAAGGAAGAGAAUGAAACUUUGCAAAAAGAGAUCAACGAUCUUACAGAAAAGCUCCACCACAAGGAAGAUGAAUUUUCUUCCCUAUGCAGUGAGCUUCAAGUGAUCAAGGACACAACACUUGAACUUCAAAAACAGCUUCAUUUAAGUGAAGUCAGAUCAGAGAAUCUUGCUGCAGACAAAGCUAAAUUGGAGUCCCAAAUUGCUGAAUUGGCAAAGAAUUCCGGUGAUAGUUCACAAAAGCUGGUUUACCUCAAUGAACAACUCAGAGAAAAGGACAGGACUUUGGAUAAAUUGAAAUCUUCCUCAGCUGAAGCUCAAGUCCAGAUUGGCAGGCUGACAGAAGAUCUUGCACAGGCAAAGGAGCAACAUGAUAAAAAUGUGCUGGAGAUAAAGAAAUCCCACCAAGAUCAGACCUUAGCUACAGAUAAAAUGGUACAAAACCUGAAAUCUGAGCUUGAGCAAAACUUAAAAAAUACCGAAGACAUGCAAAGUGCACAUCAAGCCAAAUUGCAGGAUCUUAUGCAAGCCAAGGAUACUGAGUAUUCAGCUGUGGAGGAGCAAAUGAAACAAAAAAUUAAAGAGAUAACCUCGCUUACUCAAGAGCUGAACAAGUUGAAAACUUUACAGCAGGAGACUUUAAAGGAGAACACAGAAUUGUCUGGAGUAAAGGUUGACUUCUUGAAUUCCGUGAUUGUGGAUUUGCAGAGGAAAAAUGAAGAAGCGGAAAAGAAAAUUGAGCUGUUUAUGAUGGGAAAGGUUCCAGACACAAAUGGCACCCUUAAUUUAUCUGACGAUGAUGAGCCAGUGAGACCGGGAAUAAGACAGCGCUUGUUCUGCGAUAUUUGUGACGUUUUCGAUCAGCAUGAUACGGAUGACUGCCCUCUGCAGUCUUCAGAUGCACCGGACAACCUGGGAACCCAGCACCAUGGAAACAGAAAUGAGGAAAGACCUUACUGUGACAUAUGUGAAGUUUUUGGACACUGGACUCGAGAUUGCGACGAUGAAGAGACGUUCUGAAAGUCAUGUCGUGGAGGUUUACAUGCAAGCUAUGAAAGACAGCAAGAUGUUGCUCUCGCUCCUCGCCUUAUCUUUCUGGUGUAUGAUGUAAAAAGUAACUAACAACAAGCAACACAUAACUUUUUUAUUGGGUACUAGAAGCAAGCUUUUUUACCUUCUCGUUCCUCGGAGGGGUGGGACAGAGAGGAGAAAUUUCAUAUCCCGACUUUUCGUGAGUCGUUUUCAUGACGCGG